AUGUCGUCGCCGAUUCCCAAGCCCCCGGGGGUCUUCCUCCUCGGUAAUGUGCGCGACGUGAAUACCUCAAACCCUUGGAACUCGUUCAAUAAGCUUGCAGCGAAAUACCGUCCCAUCUGCAAGGUCACUAUCCUAGGCAAUGACAUUGUAUUGGUCACAGGCGCUGCCCUUUUGGAGGAAAUAUGCGACGAGACACGUUUUCGGAAAUGCGUGACCGGUCCCAUUAUUGAAAUCCGCCAAGCAGUUCACUCCAGCUUAUUUACUGCGAAACACGAUGAAAUGGAGAGUUGGGGAGUCGCUCACCGGAUAAUGGCGCCGCUGGUCUCAUGGGAGGCUGUUGAGCAGGUCUUCACGGAUAUGCGGGAGGUGUCGACAGAUCUGAUCAAGAAAUGGACCGCAGGUCCUCGCCAGCGCAUCAGCGUCACCAACGAUCUGGACCGCCUCAACCAUGCUGCCAACAUGCUCUGCUUCUUCGACCAGCGCCUGCACUGCUUGGAAGGGCCGGAGCCGUCUCUCAUCAAAGCUAUGGAGGCCGCCACUACCGAGGCCGUCCGGCGAUCGUCCCGGCUUAAAAUCAUCAACUGGCUCCUCUACCAGCGCAAAUUCGAUGCUUAUAACAAAACCCUGCGCGACUACUCUGCCGGCUGCAUCGAACAUCGGCGCGCCAACCCGUCCGCCAAGAAGGACAUGCUCUAUGCGAUCAUGGAGGGCAAAGACCCGCAGACCGGUUUAGGAUUGAACGAGGAGCAGAUGAUCGACGAGAUCAUCAACGUGUUUAUCGGCAGCGCUACGGCCCCCAAUCUCGUUGCUUUCGGUCUGUACUACCUCAUGAAGAACCCUCAGGUGAUUGCCCGCGCCCGGGAGGAAAUCGACGCCAUUGUCGGCGGCCCCGGCGCGAAGAUUGAGUACGAGCACAUCGCCGCCCUCCCUUACUGCACUGCCAUCCUCCAAGAAACCAUGCGACUUGCCGCUCCUGCCCCGGGCUUCAACCGUGAGCCUAUCCCUUCAAACGAGGGCCCAGUGCUCCUCGCGGGCGGCGAGUACGAGGUUCCCCGCGACAAACCCCUCAUCGCAGUCCUGUACGGCGUAAACCGCGACCCCGCCGUAUUCGAAGACCCUGACGCGUUCAAGCCAGAGCGCAUGCUCGGUGAUAAAUACGACCGGCUACCGUCUGCCGUAAAGAAGGGCUUCGGCAACGGCAAGCGCGACUGCAUCGGAAAACGGUACGCCUGGGAGUGGUCUCUCUUCACGCUCAUCAGCAUCAUGAAGGACGUGGAGUUCGACCUGGCCGAUAAGAGCUAUGUCACCGACGGUGCCGGCAACAACUACAACGGCGCAUUCACCGUCAAGCCCUUGGACUUCUUUGCCAUCACCGGGCCCCGACCUCGAGUUGGCUGA